AUGACUGACAGGUGAGAUUGGUGCCUCAGUGUCAGGUUGGCCUUCGCUGUAACACCAUGACGGCAAGCCACGCCCUCCUGCUGGUGCUCGCCUUCUGCGGCGCCGCCUCCGUGCACGGGGCCGAGGUGCCUUCCUUACCUGAUAUCUGGCUGGUCGUCGAAGAUUCCUACGAUUCCAAUGUCAUGGUGACCUUUCCUGACCUGAGAGUAGGCGCCAGCAUGAUCGUGGACGAGGUGUAUGACAUCGACGAGGAGCAAGGCGUUUUGGUGACGACCGAGCAUGGCAAGUUCACCAAGACGAAUUAUUACACGAAGUCAAGCCAGACGUUCGUGGUGAGCGGGACGGACUGUGAAGUGGGAGGCCUGGUCGACCACAAGGGGUACCACCUGUGGGGCUGGCAUUACGUGAGCGACGACCCCAAUGGCAAGAAGAACUUCCUCUACGGCCCGUCGGCGCUCCUGAGGCUGGUCAGGGACUACGCGAUACAGAUGGAAUACAAAGGUAUCGUCGAGGUCCGUGGCAUCAUGGCAGACCACUGGUUCGUUGAGACAAGAGAUAAUUAUACAAUCGAUUAUUAUUUCGCUGUCGAUGAGUGGCAGAUGCCUUACGGACACGCUCUGGAUGGAAUUAGUCUGAAGGCGCCGCUGCAGGUGAAGGUCCACGGUCUUCAAAACGACCCCUGGGAUGAUUCUGUGCCGAGUUUCCUACAGGACGUCGUGUAUGACUUCAUCGUCUUCAAGCCCUACGUGGAUGUCUCAAGGAGAAGGAUGUACCUGGUGGAGGGCGGCCUCGACUGCAGGAACCGCGUGACCAUGGACCCCGAUAAGCUGUACCCCCCAAGCCCCCCCAACAAGUUCCAGGUGUUCAUCGAGAGUGUCGUGAACCUCAAGGGCAGCCAAGCACAGGCCGCUCCUCUCGUGUUCCGGUCAUGGAUGUACUAUGACAACAACACACAACUCCUGCGCCUUGACAUUAAUCCAGACAUGGAUGCUGACGAGCCUGUUUCUCCCUAUAAAAGCAUCCACGACUACAACACAGGCAUUCACUACAAGAUCGAUCAAGUAUCUGGACAGUGUGAGAUGAAAGCGCUGGAUGCUGAUGAAUUUGGCAACACUGUAGGUGAUCCCGUGUUGGGUGAUGUCAUCAUGGCCGAUCCGAACCAGCUGUUCCAUCUGGACGACAAAUACAUCUUCUCAGGCUACACCGAGACCCGCGGCAUCAAGACCUCGCGCUGGUCGGCGACGCGAGAAGACAUCCGGAAUCCCGAGACCGGAGAGAACUUCAAAGUGGCGGUCGUCGAUUACCAGUUCCUGACGGAGGACAUGGCAGACAUCGGAGAGCAGAAGGGACGCCCUCUACCGGUACGACUGGACGUGACGAUUUACCGGGACGACAACGCCAGCGCCAUUCUAUCUAGAUACACCGUCAACCUCCUUCACAUGCAAACCUCCUUCCUCAGCACCAAUUUCAACCCCUUCGAUGUCAGAGAGUGCAUGGACAUCCCUUCACAACGCACCUGGGUGAAGAUAACUUAUUCAGGUAUUUGGGAAAAUGGAGCUUCACAAAAACCGGACGAGUUUAAGUCAAUUUUACUCGCGCAGAUCCAAGGAGGCACGGAUGCUUCUCCUGUUAGGUUACCGGAAGUGCAGCUGGACCACGACCAGGAAUUAGUGUUUGCCACUGUCCUCUUGCUGGAACCGGCGCCCUACCACCUGCAGUUCAAAAAACUCGAGGAUAGGAAACCCACUAAUGAUGAUACACAGCUGGCCACGGCGAUUGCAGACGACGACUUGUGUGCCAGCGACUGCCUGCGUUAUUCGAAAUUCCAGUGCAAGUCCUUCUACCAGUGCUCAGGCCUCGGCAAAAACUGCUUCGUCAGCAACUACGUGAACUCCGGAGGCAGCGACUUCCCCGUCAGCAAGGCCUGCAAGCACUACAAGCGAGCGGAGAUCAAGAACACGAAGUUCCAGAAACCCAACUGGGAAAUCGUGGACUGGAUCAAGACGAACGUGGCGGAGGGGAAGAUGCACAUUCAGAUUUACUACGUCGAUCACGAUGGCAUUGAACACGAGGGCAUGUUCAACGCGAUCGGCACCGAAGAGCAGCUCCUCGGCGACGACCCCAUAUUAGUGGAUCUGGUCAGAGACGACUUCCACGUGGCUUAUAAACAGGGUUAUCUCAAGAACAAGUAUACGGAGCUCAAGUUGCCUAAGAUCAGCUACGCCCUCUGCAUCGCCGCCUGCGAGAAGCAAAUGGGCUUCCGAUGCGAGACGCUCUCCUAUUGCUACGGCGCCGAGACCUGUUACCUCGCCUCUUACGUGGUCGAUACGCCGGUGCAGGCGGGUGAUGUCAUACGCAAGACGGACUGCGUGGUGGUCGGACGAAGCCACACCGACGACUACGAGAGGGUCGAUGGGAUGGUGUACACGGGCGACGCCGACCUCGUCAUCAAAAGCACGGAUGCGGACAAGUGCGCCUACCAUUGUUCGAACGUCACCUCCAUCACUUGCAGAUCCUUCGAUUACUGUCAGAAGGAACGAAUGUGUUACUUAUACGAACAGCGCACCGUUGAUAUGCCUUCUGACUUGCUCAAUCAUACGGUGCCAGACUGCUCGCAUUACAGCCGCGACGCUCUCGUGGAUUUCAAAAAGCACGAGAACCAGGUUUUGGAAGGAAGUCGAGACAGGUACCUCAAGUUUGUCUCUGCCUCGUACUGUGCACAGGUUUGCGAAGACGAACCAGACUACGGUUGCAACGGCUUCGACUUCUGCGAACAGCCUGACGACAUCACCUGCUUCCUGACGUCGGAUCAUUACACGGACGAGGGCGUCGAGAUCGGGAAUUCCCCGAUUUGCUCUCACUAUUCACGCGAGUAUUUUGAUGGGAAAGACAUGAAUGCUUAUGCCCAUAGCAGGAGCAGCAAGUAUAUUUACGGUCCAGGUGACAUGGCCGGCCUCGCUUGCUCCAUGUUGGUGAUCUCUAUCGCGGCAACUUUCGGUGGAGUUUAUGCCUAUAACAAAUACUUCAAGAAAUAAAUCUACUUUGAUCAUUUUAACUGAUAUAUUGUUCUUCGGCUUGAGAACAAAUAUUCGAGUUAAUUAGACUGAAGAGAUUUAUUUUGUACAGCACUCUCUAUGUACCAAGAACUAUAGUCGUACUUAUGUGUACUAAAUAUUUAGAUAAUAUAUCUAUGUAAUUUUAGAAUAAUGUACAUUUAAUCAGAUAAAAGAGAUUCUUUUUGGAUAAUUUAGUCACAUUUUUUUUUGUUUUUGUUUUUUUGUAUAUUAUGAUUGUAAAUUCUACGGAAAUCAGAUCUGAGUUGGCAUGUAUGUAAAUCCAUUUUGUAUCGUGAAUAUUUUGAUCAAAUAAACACAUCCUACUUUG